GCACAUCAUUCUAGCGAGUUUCCCCCACUCUUUCUCUCUCCCCGUCUUUACAUGUGCACCGGACACACAGCUCUCUCCCAAGCGGACACUGCAGGGGAAGAAAUCACCGAACCCAUCAUGGAAUAGGAAUACCACUGUGGAAAAACGGGGGAUAAAACCUCUUUCCAUCUUUCUUCCUUUCUCUUUUCCUGGCUCAUUUUCUCUCUUUCGCAUAUCCCCACUCUCUCGAUGUCUCUCAACAGUUUCUGAAGGGAUCGAAGGAAAGAAAAAAAAUGAGGAUUGAUAUUUUUUAUUGGCACUUUCUCGGGGUGUAUUCCGCCCUUUGGGGACUGGCGACAGGGGCUUUCCCCAGCUCAGUGCAGAUAGGUGGAUUGUUCAUUAGGAAUACUGAUCAGGAGUAUACAGCAUUUCGACUUGCCAUCUUCCUUCACAAUACCAGCCCUAAUGCUACGGAAGCCCCCUUUAAUCUGGUUCCACAUGUCGACAAUAUAGAGACCGCCAACAGCUUCGCAGUCACCAAUGCAUUCUGUUCUCAGUAUUCGAGGGGAGUCUUUGCCAUCUUCGGCCUUUACGACAAGCGCUCUGUGAACACGCUGACAUCAUUCUGUGGGGCUCUGCACAUCAGCCUAGUGACACCCAGCUUCCCCACCGAAGGAGAGGGCCAGUUCACACUGCAGCUUCGGCCGUCAAUUAGAGGGGCUUUGCUGUCACUGUUGGACCACUAUGACUGGAGCCGAUUUGUCUUCCUGUACGAUACAGACAGAGGUUAUGCAAUACUGCAGGCAAUUAUGGAGAGAGCAGGCCAAAACGGAUGGCAGGUGAGUGCAAUCUGUGUGGAGAGUUUCAAUGAGGCGGCAUAUCGCAGACUCUUAGAAGACCUGGAUCGACGGCAAGAGAGGAAAUAUGUUAUUGACCUGGAGCCUGAGAGACUACAGAGCAUCCUAGAACAGGCUGUCAGUGUGGGGAAACAUGUAAAAGGUUACCAUUACAUCAUAGCAAACCUGGGUUUCAAAGACAUAUCUCUGGAGAGGUUCAUGCAUGGUGGGGCCAACGUGACUGGUUUCCAGCUGGUGGACUUCAGCAAACCCAUUGUUAUAAAACUGAUGCAGCGCUGGAACAAACUUGAUCAGCGAGAGUACCCUGGAUCUGAGAGCCCUCCUAAGUAUACCUCCUCUCUAACAUAUGAUGGUGUCCUUGUAAUGGCUGAGGCCUUCCGCACCCUUCGUCGUCAGAAAAUUGAUAUCAGUCGCCGUGGCAACGCCGGUGACUGCUUGGCCAAUCCAGCUGCUCCUUGGAACCAAGGAAUAGACAUGGAGCGUGCGCUCAAACAGGUGCGCAUUCAGGGCCUGACUGGGAAUAUUCAGUUUGAUCACUACGGUCGGAGGAUCAAUUACACCAUGGACGUGUUUGAACUGAAGAGCAACGGACCUCGCAAGAUUGGCUACUGGAAUGACAUGGACAAACUCGUGUUGGUCCAGAAUGAAAAUGCCCUGUCCAAUGACAGCUCACCAAUGGAGAACCGGACAGUUGUUGUGACAACCAUCAUGGAAGGUCCUUAUGUGAUGCUGAAGAAGAACUGGGAGCUUUAUGAAGGAAACGACCAGUAUGAGGGAUACUGUGUGGACUUGGCCUCAGAGAUCGCCAAACACAUCGGAAUCAAAUAUAAGAUCUCCAUCGUACCAGACGGAAAGUACGGAGCCAGGGAUCCAGAGACAAAGAUAUGGAAUGGCAUGGUCGGAGAGCUAGUGUACGGGAAAGCAGAAAUUGCUGUUGCACCACUGACAAUCACUCUAGUGAGAGAGGAAGUGAUCGACUUCUCUAAACCUUUCAUGUCUCUGGGAAUCUCUAUCAUGAUCAAGAAGCCUCAGAAAUCUAAACCGGGAGUUUUCUCUUUCCUGGACCCGCUGGCCUAUGAGAUCUGGAUGUGCAUAGUGUUCGCUUAUAUUGGAGUCAGUGUUGUGCUGUUUUUGGUGAGUCGUUUCAGUCCGUAUGAGUGGCACACAGAAGAACCAGAGGAUGGUGCAACGGAGCCAGGCCCCACUGACCAACCUCCCAAUGAGUUUGGCAUCUUCAACUCCCUCUGGUUCUCACUGGGGGCUUUCAUGCAACAAGGCUGUGACAUCUCACCACGGUCCCUGUCUGGACGUAUCGUUGGUGGUGUGUGGUGGUUCUUCACUCUUAUCAUCAUCUCCUCUUACACAGCCAACCUGGCUGCAUUUCUCACUGUGGAGAGGAUGGUCUCACCUAUAGAAAGUGCAGAGGACUUAGCCAAACAGACAGAGAUAGCCUACGGGACCCUGGACUCAGGCUCUACCAAGGAGUUCUUCAGGAGGUCCAAAAUAGCCGUAUAUGAGAAGAUGUGGUCUUACAUGAAGUCCGCUGAGCCUACUGUCUUCACCAAGACUACGGCAGAGGGUGUGGCAAGGGUUCGCAAAUCCAAGGGGAAGUAUGCCUUCCUCCUGGAGUCCACCAUGAAUGAGUAUACGGAGCAACGCAAGCCUUGUGACACCAUGAAAGUCGGAGGGAACCUGGACUCCAAAGGAUAUGGCAUUGCCACACCUAAAGGCUCACAGUUAAGAAAUGCGGUCAACCUGGCCGUGCUAAAACUCAACGAGCAGGGCCUGUUGGACAAAUUGAAAAACAAGUGGUGGUAUGACAAAGGAGAAUGUGGCAGCGGGGGAGGGGAUUCCAAGGACAAGUCGUCCCAGGCUCUGAGCCUGUCCAACGUAGCCGGGGUCUUCUACAUCCUUGUGGGCGGACUGGGCCUAGCCAUGCUGGUGGCCCUGGUUGAGUUCUGCUACAAGUCACGGGCCGAAGCCAAGCGCAUGAAGCUGUCUUUUUCUGAAGCCAUGCGGAACAAGGCCCGUCUUUCCAUCACAGGAAGUGUGGGGGAGAAUGGUCGCGUCCUCACGCCAGACUGCCCCAAAGCUGUGCAUGCUGGCCACGCCUCCAUCCGACACCCCAGCCUUGCAGUGGUCUCCCCCGGACUGCCCUGAAAACCAAAAACACCUGCCGUGCCUUAACGACAUAUAAACACAGACUUUGACACAGAGACAAACACACAUUCACCAACCAUAAUGAUGAUACAUUCACACACAUAAUUAUAGUUAUGGAAACUUAAAUACAAACAUUCAAGUAUAGACAUUUUUACACACUUGUAUACACACACAUAUGCACACACUGCAUCAUCAUUUCACUUUCCUGCUGCCACUGACUUAUUUUACGAGAGACAAAUGAAACUUGAGUGAACAAUGUAGGAAAUGAACAACAAGAAGACAUCACACUUGCCUGCGGCAUUCUUUUUUGUUUUUGUUUUGGGACGCCCUUAUAAUAUGGUUGAACCAACAGGAAAGCCAGCACAGAUUUACAUGAAAAGAACUUUGAGCUGUGGCCAUGACCACAAACUUGAUCAUGAUGACGAUUGUGAUAAAGAUGAUGCUUACAGCUAAAACAAAGGCACCCAAACAACUAUGUUUCCUGCUCCUACUUUGGACAAUGUUGGCCAAUAAGCCACACCCCUUUGACAAUGCCUUACUAAGACUACAUUGUUUUCAUCAUUAUCAUCAUCAUGGUCCUCAUCCUCUUAACUUGCCUGCAAAGACUGAGUGCCAGGUAUUAUAACCCUUAGAAGACCAGAAAACUGUAAGUUUGAACGUUUGGACUGUGCAAACCCAUUACUUUGCCAUGGACUGUUCAAACUGAAUGAUAAUGCUUUCUUACUAUACGUAUAGAGUGAUUUCUUGCCCCAAACCAGCGAGCUAAUCAGCCGAUAUAGUACAGAAAUAACCUCGAAACACACGUGGCUGAUCUUGGCCACAGAAUUCACAGGGGUUUGUAAAAGAAAAACAUAGUAACUAACUUCAUCAACAGCAUCAUCAUGACAGUAGAAAUGCUAAAUAGCAAAAUUAUGAUUACUUUUUGUUGAGAGGCAAAGAUUAGGUUUAAAGUCCCAAUGAAGCAACUGGCAGAGUGGUAUUUGUUUCCACAUAAUUUUCCAGUAGAUGGCAAACUCUAUACUUCACUUUAAGUCAAAGUUGGGGCAGAUACAAACAUAUAGUUAAUGAAUAGACAUUACAUUUAAUUUUAUGGGGUCUUUAAACUUUAUAUUAAGUGAUGAACAUAAAAAAUUAAAAAAUAAACCACAUGGGAAGAUCUCAAAUGGCUCUCAAAAUAAAGUGUUUCUCGACCUAAACACAACUUAAAGAGAAGUACACAUAAAGAGAAUUUACAGCAUUUAAAACCUAAGUGAUGACACCUUUUAAUUUCGGAAAAGUUCUAAAUAGUUCUAAAUAGAUCUAAAUAGCGUGGCAACCAAAAAGGGCAAAUCAAAAUUUAUCUUUCUGUGCAUGUUUGUCUACUGUAAGAGUGAAGAAAAAUGCUUUUUUCACUGGCUGUGAUAAGGUUGAAAAUCACUGGUCUGCUUGGUGUGCUUCAUAUAACUUGAAGCACACUCAUGAAGGCCUACUGGUGCAUUUUGGAAUUUCUUUAAAGGUGUAGACUCUAAUGGGUAGUUUGCUUGUCAUUUGAGAUCCUCAACUUUUCCAGUGACUGGGGAAAGGCACCAUAUCAGAGAGCUUGCUUUUUAAAACUGUUGUAAAUAACUGCGUAGCAAAACAGAACUCACCUGUCUUUUUUAAUCAUCUUAGAUAACAAUUCAUUGCAAUAAUGAAUAUAAAAGAAAAUGCCACUACUUGUAAUUAAGAUAAAGUCUUUUUUUAUAAAUCUACAUCUUAUAUAUAAUACAAAUAAAUAUAUAUCUAUACGUCUAUAGAGAGCUAUAAAGAAAACAUUGAUCACUGAUUGUUGGAGGCCAUGACAUACAUUCUGUUAUAUGGCUGUUUUUUGAUAACUUGAGAAUAUUAAUAUGCCACAGUCUGUGUGUGUCCUACUCCUCACUGAAUGUCCAUCUGGCACUCACACGGACACGCAUAGAACUCACGCACAUGCACUGUUGCAUACACAGGGUCAGCUCAGUGAUCACCAUUUGUUGUUGUUGCACCCAUUUUCACUGUCUAAUAGUGUUGUUAGCCCAAAAUAUUAUUUUUUCUGUUGGGACACAAAGGCCCCUGAAACAACACUUAGACGCCAGUAUUCAUGACUGCAGCCCACACACUGACAACACGUUUGAGAAGAUGAUGGGCCGACGUGAUUGCUGUACUGUUGAGGAAACAAUGCUGUCUGACAUUUCCAGAGUGAAGCAUUUCUCUCGCAUUUCACUUCGCCUCAAUGCAUUUUGGCCCAGCAGAUGUGAGUCGGAUUGAAACCCAACUUGCAUUCAGACUGAAAUGGGUUUGCACUUCAGUCAGUCCUACAUUUUUUUUUUUUUUUUUUUCUUUAAAAAGAAAAAAAUCUGUUAUAACCUGUUCUGGGACAUCUAUCCAAUUGAAAGCGCUGGGGAACAAAAACUACACAUAGUAUCUGUAGAACAAUUCUGAUAAGAAAAUACAAUAUUUUUUUGUGAUUUACAACAGUGCAGCGUUUUGCUGCAACUCUAGCAUGAUGGUGACACUUUAGGGGUUGUGAUUUAAAUAUUUCUGUUUUCAAUUUCUCUCCUCUAGUCUCCAUUAUUCUGCACAGUUCUUUUUAUUUAUUUGUUUUUUAUUAUUAUUAUUUAAAUUGAUAGUCCUAUGCUCUUCUAGCAGUUCUUCCCUGUUCCUUCAACUUGUCUUUAUGGUCCUCUGUUUUCACCUUUCGCUCCAAUUUUACAACAGCACACUGUGUACAUACCCCAAGCUCACCAAUGAGAGGUGACUUAUCAUCUGCCCUAAUACACUGCAAAAUAACAUAUAAUGAUGAAGUAAGAACUACAGACAAACAAAUUUUCUUCUAGCUCUUGAUUUUGAACAUUACAUAUCUUUUGCAUUGUAGACAUCUUUGUUAAACUCAUAACGUACAGUAUAUUUCAUCAUUAAAUUAGUCUUGCACCAAAUAUAUUAAAGUCAGACUCAGUGGACAAAAUCAUAAAUAAAAAAGAAUACCCUAAAAUGUUUCCAAGAGCUUAUUAAAAGAACUUUUUCUGACUGAAACAAACAAAACUUCUCCUCUGAGCCGAAAGGAUCAGUGCAGCAGUACUGCAGCAAUCCAGCAUGAGAAAAACUUUGAGAAUAGUGGGUUUCUACAAUUGGUGCAUUUGCAAAGACACAGUUGUCAUUGGUCUUUUAUCACCAGAGCACACAUGCCCGGCAGAUAAACUGUACAUGAUACUGUUUUUGUUUAUUUGUUUGUUUGUUUUUUGCCUACUCCAGCACUUACAGUAAAAUUUUUGUGUCAACGUUGAGAAGCUGCCUGCUGGGCUGUCAAGACUCUGGCUUUAACACUGUUUCUUUCUUCCUUCGUUUCUUUCAUUUGCAUUUGGUUUCUUUUUCUAGUAAAACAUCAAUGCUGAA